AUGCUAUUCUACGUUUUCUUCGCACUGAUCCUUCUCAGCACCCUCACUGAAGGAGCACCCAUGGAUUCUGAGGUGUGCAAGGAUGUCGGCCCAGCUGGCUCGUGCAAAAGAUACAAGGAGAAUGGUUGGUGCACUUCAGAAGAUCCAGCCAGGGUCUCCAUUGUGGAAUACAGAUGCCAAAAGACGUGCGGCUUCUGUCACAGUUAA